UAUAGAUAUAGAUUUGUAUUUGUGUUAUACUAAGAAGUUGAAAUAAUAAAUAGUACUUCCUCCAUUCCAAUAUAAGUGGCUCAAAACUUUUGGGCACGAGAAUUAAAGAGAAUGUGUUAAAAGUGAUAAGGGUCACACUUUUUAAAAGAUUUGAAAUCUCAAGUCUAUACAAUAUAGCGCAGAAAAUCUGACUCCGGAUAGUGAUCGUAGAAAUUCUAUACCUAUCUCAAGUACGUGCAGUCUUGAGAUUUAAUUAGUCUAUAGUAUUUUAUUGAUUUGCUAAAAUAUUUUAUAACUAAUUAAUUAAGAAACAUGUCUUGUAAAAAUAAUGUCUUAAUUAUGAAACCAUAGUUGCCGACAAUUUGUAUGAUCUCAAUUCAUAGUUGAUUUUUUGUUUUUAAUGCAAUGAAAGGAAUGUUGCAUGAAAAAUAUAUGACCACUAUAAUAAGUAAUAAUAAUAAAAAUAGAUUGAGACCCGAAUAUCAAAUGCCUAAGUCAAAAAUAAAUAUACAUACGCUGCUCCACACUCUAUAUAUUGGCAGUGAUAACUCCACCACUGUCAGUGGAUCUUUUUCCAAGAAGAGGAUGAAUUACCCAUUCGUUAUUAUCCUGAUUUUGGUAUCACGAAGCAACCACGCUUCUUCUGCGUGCUUCAAAUCCAUCAUAGGCUUCGGCGCUUCACUAGCAGACACGGGCAACUCAAUCCAAUUCGCUCCGUCUCAAGCCGCCGCGGCGCCACCCUAUGGAGAAACUUUCUUCCACCGUCCCACGGGGAGGUGGUCCGACGGCCGCCUCGUCAUCGAUUUUACCGCUGAGGCUCUGGGGCUUCCAUUUGUGCAGCCAUUUUGGGGUCCGAGCAGCAGAGGUUUCGACGGUGGUGUGAAUUUCGCGGUGUCGGGUUGCACGGCGCUGCCGGACUCUUUUUUUGCCAAGGAGGGGCUCCAGAUUGAACUUGCAAAUACAUACCUAGCUGCUCAGUUGAGUUGGUUUAAGGAACUAUUCUUGCCCAAGUUUUGCCACACACCUUCAGAUUGCAAGAAUUUCCUAGAAACCUCAUUGGUUUUGGUGGGAGAUAUAGGAGGCAAUGACUACAAUUAUGCAUUCCUCCAAGGGAAAAACGUGGAAUCAGUACAAUCAAUCGUUCCUAAAGUUGUUAAAGCAAUAAGCUUAACAAUCAAUGAACUGAUCAAGCUUGGAGCUACGACAUUAAUGGUUCCCGGGAAUGUUCCUAUAGGAUGUUUGGUAGUUUAUCUUACUUACUUCAAAAGUUCAAAUCAGACAUAUUACGACCCCAAAACAGGUUGCCUCAAUUGGCUGAACAGGUUUAGUCGGCUCCAUAACAAAGUGCUUCAGACCGAACUAGAACGCAUCCGACAACAGAAUCCAAACAUCAACAUAGUCUAUGCAGAUUAUUACAAUGCCGCAAUGCAAUUUUAUCAUUCCCCACAAAAAUAUGGAUUCCCAGAAGGAGGUCUUGUAGCUUGUUGCGGCACUGAAGAUCAUCUCUGCGGAACUGAAGGAUCCAAGACGUGCGAGGAUCCUUCGUUGUACGUGAGUUGGGAUCGUCUCCAUUUCACUGAGGCAGCUUACAGAUUGAUAGCAAAUGGUUUGUUGCGAGGAACUUUUACCAUUCCUCCGCUCAAUACGUUUUGUGCUCCGACUUCAGAUAUAUAAUGUUGCCCAAAUUAUUACUAAGGCAGCUAUUUUCUUUGCUUCUAGGAGUUAGUAAUUUUUCAUAAGAGUUAGCGGGGAUAGAGAAUUUAUUAAUUAUUGCUGUGAUUAUUUAUGUGAUCUCUCGUUAGGAUUGAAUUAAACUGGUAUUUUAAUUUAGUAGAAUAAUUGUACGUGUGGAUUUAAUUAACGUAAUUGCAUUUCCAAUUAUCAGUAUUAUUAUUCUUGAA